AGCACUGCUGCCCGCAGGGCUACACCUGCAACAUGCACAGUGGGACCUGCGAGAAGCAGCUGCGCCACCAAACCCCCCGCAGCCGCCCUCAGAGCAAGGUGGUACGGUCCAUGCUGAGGCCGUCCGCUGUGGAGGAGGAUGUUCGAUGUGACGAUGUGGGGGAGUUCCGCUGCUCCAAGCAGGAGACCUGCUGCCGCGCUUCGCCCACAGUGUGGGCGUGCUGCCCCUCGGCCCAGGGCCAGAAGUGUGGAUUAUCGGGGACAGCUACGUCCGCCGUGGAGAGGAGAGAGACAAGGAAACCUGUGGCCCCCACCUUGGCCUAGAGGCCAGGGUCAGUUGGUUUGGCUGGGGCGGGCUCAGAUGGAAGACCCUCAUCCCUUUCUUCCUGCAGUCCCUGAGAGGAAGAACAGCCCCGGAUGUCCUGCUCAUCCACUGUGGCGGCAACGACCUCGGACGCCUGGAGGGAGUUGAGGUUGUUGCCGCAAUGAAGCAGGACCUGCAGUACCUCCACCGGCAGUUCCCAGCAAUGCAGAUCGUCUACUCUACCAUCAACGAGAGACGCCGGUGGAGGGCUGACCAUCCGGGGAAGCUAAAUCACGCUAGGAAAUGGGUGAACAGUGUGAUGAACGCAUUUGUUAGUGUAGAGCUAGGAGGCAACAGCGUAGAGCAUCCUGGAAUAAGGUUUAACUGCUGUGGUUUAUACCUAAAAGACAAGGUUCAUUUCACCAAUAGGGGAAAUGACAUUUUUUUAAAAAGCAUUUCACAGUCUCUUGAAGCGAUAAUCCAGAGUGGGUGAAACUGACACUUUUAGGGCCAAUGCCUUCAGCCUUCUCCACUCUGAAUUGUAAUUUCAACAGUUUUCAAUACUGUAAGAUAUAAUCCAGGUCCUUAAUCUUUAUUCGAUGAUGCUCUUCUCUGCGUAUUUGAUAAAUCAGUAAUUAUAACCUUUUUGGUAAUCAUUUGCGUUUAUCACACUGUUCAUUCAUUUCACUGU